AUGUCAAGGACAUAUACUCGAUGGAUACACCAUGGAGAAUCAAUAAAUGAUGUUCAAGCGGAAGUUGAUGUGAAUGAUGAUGAACUUGGCUAUAUAGCAGAUCAAGAAGGGAUAUUUGGCGAAGGGGCUUCAAUGGUUCAGGAUGACUUUGGAGAUGAGGAGAAAAAUAAGGACAGUGGAGUGCCUAGUUUAAUUGAGGAUCUGUACACAGCUGCAGCAAAUGAUGAAAAUGGGCCUAAUAUAUUUGCAAAUUUGAUUGAAGAGGCCAAGCGUGAGCUUUAUCCGGGUUGCACUGAAUUCUCAAGACUAUCCUUCUUGAUUAAACUAAUGCACAUCAAGGUUUACAAUCGAAUUACUAAUUAUGGAUUCAAUUCUUUGCUACAAUUGCUUUCUGCAGCACUUCCUAAUGGUAGUAAUUUGCCAAAGUCAUACAAUGAGAUCAAAAAUAUACUCCGACAGGUUGGACUAGGCUAUGAGUCAAUUCAUGCAUGUAAGUAUGCUUGCGCCGUAUUUUGGAUGGAGCAUGCAAAUGACAAUCAUUGUCUAGUAUGUGGAGAGUCAAGGUGGAAAGACAAAGGAGGCAAAAAGAGAGUUCCACAAAAGGUUCUUCGUUAUUUUUCUAUAAUACCAAGACUUCAAAGAAUUUUUAUGUCAAAGGAUAGAGCUGAGUGUGCACGAUGGCACAAGGAGAAGAGAUUAGUUGUUGAAAAUGAAAUGAGACGGAUGGUGAAGCAUGGAAACAUUUUGACACAAAAUUUGAAUCAUUUGCACAAGAUCCUCCCUCUUAUUGAAGAUAUGAUCCGUCUCUGGAAUGGUGUGCCUACUUAUGAUGCAUAUGCUGACGAAGUUUUUUCAUUACGAGCAUGCUUUAUUUGGGGAAUUCAUGACUAUCCUGCCCGUGGUACUAUGUCUGGGCGAAGCACAAAGGGCUACUUUGCUUGUGCAGAUUGUGAUGAGGAACCUUGCUUACAACGACUGAGGCACAAAAUUGGGUAUGUUGGUCAUCGCCGUUUCCUCCCACACAACCAUCCUUGGAGGAAAAGCAGAGCAUUCAAUGGAAAACAUGAAAAUAGGGAGAGGCCUAGAAAAUUUUCAAGUGCUGAAGUACUAGAACAAUUAGAGAAAGUUAAAAAUAUCACCCUAGGUAAGCAUCCUGCUAGAAAUAAGAAGAGAAAACGUGUAGAGAAUGAUAAACCAAAUUGGUGUCUAAAGAGUAGCCUGUUUGAUCUGUCUUAUUGGACAGAACUAAGGUUACAACACAACCUUGAUGUUAUGCAUAUUGAGAAGAACAUUUGUGAUAAUAUUUUAGGAACCUUGCUGGAUAUAGAUGGCAAGUCAAAGGAUACAGUCAGUGCAAGACUUGAUUUGCAGGACCAAGGUAUAAGAACAGAAUUACACUUAAAAGAUAAUGGGAAUUCCUAUAUAAAGCCAGCAGCAUGUUAUACCAUGAAUAAGGAGCAGAAGAAAAGUUUCUGCCAAUUUUUAAGUGGUGUUAAAUUUCCAGAUGGGUAUGCCUCUAAUUUAACAAGGUGUGUAGAUCUUGAUGGAUAUAAAGUGCAAGGAUUGAAGACUCAUGAUUGCCAUAUACUACUACAGCGCAUUUUACCUGUUGCCAUAAGAGGGCUUGUGCGAAAAGAUAUAUAUGAGGCAAUCGCGGAGCUGGGAAACUUCUUUAGGGAGUUGUGUGCUAAGACUUUGAAAAUUGAUGUCUUGCAACAGUUAAAAGCUGAAAUUCCAAUAAUCCUUUGCAAGCUUGAGAAAAUUUUUCCACCGGCAUUUUUUGAUGUAAUGGUUCAUUUGGCUGUUCACUUACCAGAUGAAGCAAUUCUGAGGGGUCCAGUUCAGUAUGGCUGGAUGUAUCCAGUAGAAAGAAAGCUAGGCACUUUGAAACAUUUUGUUAGAAAUAAAGCAAGACCCGAAGGAUCUAUUGCAGAGGCUUAUAUUGCCUCUGAAUGUUUGACAAUUCAAGGUUUGCAUAGGGAAGGAUCAGUAGAAAUUAGUGAAGGCCUCUAUGCAUUGGCUCAUGGUCCUGACAAAUGUAUAAGAUCAUAUUCGUCCUGCAUUAUAAAUGGCAUCCGAUUUAACACAGUUGCCCGUGAGAAGGCUAAGAAAACUCAAAAUUGUGGCAUCAAGACAGCAGGUACUCAUAACAGUGAAACAAUAGAUUUCUAUGGUAUGCUCACAGAAAUUAUUGAGUUGAGUUAUAUACAAAACAGUAACAAGACCCAUUCAGUGAUUUUGUUUCGAUGUGAAUGGUAUGAUCUCGAGGGAAAGAAGUAUCGUAUGAAAAAUGAUGGGUACUUAAAAAGCAUUAAUGUUGGAAGUCGUUGGUACAAGGACGAUCCUUUUAUUUUGGCUACACAGGCAUCACAAGUCUUUUAUUUGGAGGAUACAAAACUAGGGAAAAAUUGGCGAGUUGUGAAGGAUUUCAAUCAUAGACAUAUAUUUGAUGUGCCUGAGUUUGACAGGUGCCAGGAAGAUGAUGCUCACCUGCAACAGACUGAAGUUGCAUACCAUUUUGAGAGGAUUAUGAAAGAAAAUGAGGAUCCUAUGGUUAGUGAAACUGACAGUGAAGAUGAAGAUGAAACUUUGUUUGAGUACUGUAGCGAUGCUGAAGCCAAUGACCAGACAAAUUCAACUGAUGAUGAAUAG